AUGGAACGCCGGCUGGCGGCAUGCCCUGCACUUCGACAGGCAUAUAAUACGUUCAUGAAAGACUACGAGAGUCUUGGCCACAUGUCGCCAGUCUCCGUCGGUCAACCCGAGCCGGAGCAGGCUUCCCCCGGUCGUGGUCGAAAGGUCAUGAAAGACUACAUCGCGGUCUUCGUGUGUCUUGCUACUAAAGCAACGCACAUUGAAGUAGUCUCUGACUAUUCCACACCGGCGUUUUUAGCAGCAUUUCGCCGCUUCGUGUCUCGCCGAGGACUUUGUUUACACAUGUACAGUGACAACGGCACCACUUUUCAAGGCGCCGACGCCGAACUUAGCCGCUUAUUUGAAGAAACCUCUGCAGUAGGUCAGCAAGCGGCUUCCUCCCUGGCCAGUGAAGGAGUCAGCUGGCACUUCACGCCACCUUACGUACCGAACUUCGGCGGACUCUGGGAGUCUAUUGUCAAGGCGUGGAAACAUCAUCUUAAGCGCGUGAUUGGAGAGGCUCUCCUUACCUAUGAGGAGCUCGCUACGCUCAUGAGUCAAAUUGAAGCUUGCUUAAACUCAAGGCCUCUUGGGUAUCUUAGUUCAAACGAUGAAGACCCAGUCACCUUAACCCCUGGACACUUUCUGAUAGAAGCCGCCCUUAUUUCUCCUCCUGACCCUACAGAAUUGGAUUCCAAAACUUGUCUCAGUUCCAGAUGGAAGCACCUGCAGCAACGUACCAAGUGGACGCGUGCUCAGCCCAACCUUCAAGUGGGAGAAGUAGUCCUAAUCAAAAACGAGCUUCAACCUGCCACAAAGUGGCUCAUGGGCCGCAUCGUGCGAACCUUCCCAGUAGAAGAUGGCCUAUGUCGGGUGGCAAUGGUCCGCACGGCCAAGUCUGAAAUUCGUCGGCCUGUCAGCAUGCUGGUGCCGCUCACCGCUUCGCCAACAACCUCACUUCCAGCUAACUAA